UGGCUCGUUUUCACCUAAUAGUUGUCGGCUUCUACCAGCCAUCGUCACAUGCUUCCCUUUUAGAUUUCUUAUUUAAUUAUUGUUAACUUUCUGUAUAUGCAUUGGAUUGGAUAUAUCCUCAUUCAAGUGCUGUUUUAAAACUCAGUGGCUGAGGUAAUCACUACACAUCCCAUUCAAAUCCAAUGGUAUUGGUCCGAUAAAAAUUUAAAGCAAGGUCAACUAUGAGAUUUAUCCUUCUCCCAGAAGCAGCACCUAACAAGUAAUCAAGUAUAAUGGCGUUUGUUCUAAAUAAUGAUUUCUUGUAUCAAACUGUUUAAAUAAUUAUCAUAAAAUAAUUAAAUUUAAAUUGUUUGUAAUUAACUAAAUGUCAAAUGUGUAACAUUUUGGGAUGAUUAAAUUGUAGAAUCCUUCACUUGUUGUAAUCUUUUUAUAUAAAAAGUUCUGAAUAAUAGAUCUUUUAUAAAUUUGGUAAUUAAAUUUAAAAGUAUGUAUAAUUUGUCAUAAAUCAUGCAAUUUUUUACUAAACUGAAAUAAAUGCUAAUUACUGACCUAAACACGUAAUUGGUAUACAAAUCGUAAAAAAAUAGAGAUAAAUGUUGGACACGAUGGUGAUGAUCUGUCUAAAUGUUGUGCUUUACAUUACAAAACUUCAAAUAGCUUCAUAAAAUAAAAUACUUUCAAUCUCUGGACUCUUGAUCCCGACAGAGAAUGCGUUCUCUCUCCUCCGAGUCAUUUAUCUCUCUCUCUAUCUUAUUAAAACAGAGAGAUCUUCUUAUAAAAAGCCAAAACCUUUACCACCAGCCAGAUCUUCUGCUUCUUUCUUCUCCCCUUUACAGGUUGUCACAUCACUAUAACAGCGAAACUCUCAGCCAUAUCAUCUCCUCUCUCCGAUCUCCAAAAACAUCAUCUUUCUCUCUUCCGUUCUCCUCCGAUGAGGUGUAAAAGACACACCGUCGAUCUCAGCAGCACCGCCGGCGUCUGCGCUUCUUGCCUCCGUGAACGUCUCCUCUCUCUCGCCGCUUCCGCCGCCGUCACAGAAGACGAUAAUCAAUCGCGUAAAUCUAACAAUCUGAUUUUCCCUCGCUCUGUCUCUCCUUACGUAGCCCGCAGAAAAUCAGACGCCGGAGGAGGAGGAGGAGGAUUAAACCGCCGGUUCAUCACCACUCCUCAGGUGGAUACCGGAUUCUCAUGCAAGGACUUCGAAUCGAACCGUUCCUCUAAACCGAGAAGCGGUAAAGCUUCGAGACUCUCUAGUCUGUUCAGAGCUAGAUCUGACGAUUUCGAUUCCGAUACCAAGUCUCGAGUUUCAUGCUCGUCCUCGUCGUCGUCGCGGUCGUGGAUCUCGUCGUUUCUCUCCAAGAAGCAACCCACCGCGUGUUACAUCGAGGACGUGAUCUCUGCUCGUAGACCUCAGCGAGUGUACUGUCGAGGGAUGUCGCCGGCGAGAGAUACGGAAGCAGAAGAGGAGGAAAACGAACCGAGAAGAACUCCGGCGAUGAAAACUCCGGGGAGGAGGAAUAUUGCGGCGGGGAUAGGGAGGAGCAUUUCGGGGAUGGGUUUCUGUUUGAGUCCGUUGGUGAGAGCUAGUCCUAACUGUCCGUUUAAACGGAAAAUCAGAUUCCCGUCGGAGUUUAACGGAAACGGGAGCGAGGUAACGGUGCCGGAAAAGCCGCAUAUAGCAGAAGCGGCGUCGUUUUGCGCGAAUAGAUCGAAGAAGCUUGUGGAUAUAGGUAGAGUUAAUCACCGCCGUUGAGUUAUUGGUGGGCAGGUUUGGUCAAAUGUUUGACUUAGCGCCUUUAAGUGUGUAUCCUCGUAACUACUAAAGAUAUUGAUGGAUUUUUUUUUUACAAAAUCAAGCUUUUUAUUUGGUGAAUAAUCAGAUUGAAAUUAGUUUAAAAGACGCUAGGGUUUCUUCACUUUUGUAGUAUUAUGUUUUUUUUUUGAAAAAAAAAUUGUAGAUGGAGCAAA